UCAUUUGGAGUAGCAGCAGUUGUGCAAGUCAGGCAGCCGCCGAAAAUGCCUGUUUCUAUAGAGAAGAACGACUCCAAGCUGAAAGCCUGGUGUCAAAAAGAACUCUCUAAGCUUCUAGGCUUCCCCGUGGAAGAGGAGCUAGUAAGCUACCUGAUGUCUAUGCAGACGGCCAAGGACGUGAGGGAAUACCUGGAAGAUCUCUUGGGAACAAAAUCCGACGCCUUCCAGAAGGAGUUUCUGUCUCACUGGCACCCCCCGCAGAGGGUCCCCACACUUCUGGGCCCCCUGGAGGCCCAAAUUCUGGAGAGACCCUCGCAGGAAGACAUGGUGCUGUUUCGUGGGGACGGAGGUGGGGGUUCCGCAGGGGGAAAAAGUGGCGGUGGCUCGAGUAAGACAGACAAGACAAAGAAAGAACAUGCCCAUGCCCCUCCUCCUGGGUUCUCUAGAGCACAAGCCACACCCUCUUCUGCAGCUGCUGCUCCGCCCUGGAAAUCCAGCCACGCCUCUGAUUCCCACCUGACACGCCCCCCUCCCGGUCUCUCUUCCUCUUCCCAUUCCACAUCGCGUCAGUCUGGAGGCCAGAGCUCCGUGACGUCAACAGCAUCGACAAAGAAACAGAAGUUUGUUCCUCUGAUAAGCAGAGAGGGCCAGUCGCGAAUGGCCAUGCAGCUACCGGGGAGACACGUCUGCCAGUGUCUGGCCCAGAAACACGACCUCGUCAAUAACUGCGUCGAGUGUGGGCGGAUUGUUUGCUCUCAGGAAGGUGCUGGCCCCUGUAUAUUUUGUGGAUCGCUCAUUUUUGCACCGGACGAGGAAAAAAUGUUGGCCAAGGACUCGAAAAAGGCGCAGAAAAUAAAGGAGAAGCUGAUAAAGCAGUACAAUUUACAGGAAGGAGAGAGAGCGUUUGAGCAUUUCAAGACAGUCCAGUCCUCCGGUGGCCUUGAAAAGGCAGUGUAUCACAAGGACAAGCUGCUCAACUUUGACCAGACUAGUGCCCAGCGGACGCACGUACUAGAUGACGAGCGAGAUUUCUUCAACGUGGACGCCACUAGCUGGAAGAGUCCCCAGGAGAAGGCGGCACUGGUGCAGAGAGAGGAGGAACUGCGGGAGAAGAAGUUUGGGUCACGUCGAAACCGGGCCGUCACUCUCGACAUUGCCGGGAGGAAAGUCGUGGAGGAGCACUCUGAGAUUGACCUGUAUGACGAGGCCAACGUGAGGGACGUGGUGAAAGAGAAGAAGACGAAGAAAAAGGGGACGACAACAACCAGAGAGCAGCCUGUGACUGACAUAUCCAACCCUUCCAUCCCAAUAGAGAGACCUAGAUUCAGGUUUGACGAGGGAGACGGUAAGGGUAGGAGAGAGAGGGGGAGACCGGGAGAGAUGAAGGAAGUGGCUCUAAUCACAAGACUACAGGACAGAGAGUUGCAGGAGAUGAGAGACGAAGGGAAGUGUCUGAGCAUGCACCAACCAUGGGCCUCUCUACUAGUUGAAGGCAUCAAACAGGUGGAAGGUCGGUCGUGGUACACCACCCACAGGGGCCGGCUGUGGAUUGCUGCAGCUGGCAAAGUCCCAUCUCAACCUGAGAUUGAGCAAGCGGAGCACUUCUACCGGAGCCUCUAUGCAACAGGUGAAGUGAUGUUUCCCAUUGACUAUCCUACCAGCUGUCUCCUGGGCUACGUUGACGUGACAGACUGCCUGUCACAAGAACAGUACAGAGAAAAGGUGUGCUUCUUGACCACAUGUGGUGGGAACCUCAUUGUAUGAAAUCGAGGGGCCACCAAAAUAUUAUUUCAAUCUCGCUGUUUACUGAACUGACAUUGAAGAUUGAUUGAGAGGAGAUGAAUUCCCCCUAUAGUUUCCUGAUGGAGAGUCAGAGUCUCCGUACGUGUUCGUGUGUCAGAAUCCCCACUCACUACGCGUCAAAUUCCCAAUCAAAGGCAGCCACAAAAUAUGGAGGCUACCGAGAGAUGUACACAGUUCUGCAAAGGCUGCUUGUUGCCCCUCGGCCCACCCUCUCUGAGAAUACCUUUCCCCCGCAUCGAUUGCCGCAACGAUAAUAAUAUUCAAACAGUACUCACUAUAAUAAUACACAUCUUGUUUAAUUAUUGAGUGAUGUGUAUAAUGUGCCAUGUUACAUUCAAUAGAUUGCAUAAUACAAAUUGUCACGGGGAAGUGAAAUAUCUUUCAGUGCAUGUCAGCAAUCACCAUGACUUUGUUGCAAUUUGAGCUGCUUGCACUUAGAAGCUUCUGCCAGUCUACAUGUGGCCGAUUUUCUCCAUUUUUGCCACCGUCCUCAGAGUUUGAAGUUCCAGCCAAUGAUUUCUGGCUGUUAGUGACUUCUUGCAAGCAUUUGGUGUCAGCAAACACCGUUUUAGUGUCGGGGGUUGGCUGGUUUGCAGCAGGGAUUUGUGGGAGACGUUUGACGGGAAUCUGUGCCUUUCGUAACGGUGUAGUGAUAUUAUUGGUGGAUGGUUUCGAGUUGUCUGUGGGCUGAACCGAGAUGGUCGUAUUGGCGAGUGGUUUCGAAUUGUCUAUUGGCUGAACCAAGACAGUGCUACUAGUGGAUGGUUUAGAAUCGUCCAUAGGCUGAACUGAGACGGUGCCAGUGGUAGAUGGUGUAGAAUUAUCCAUUGGCUGGGCUGAGACGGUGGUAUUGGUGGAUGGUUUGGAAUCAUCCAUUGGCUGAAGCGAGUGUGUGUCAGUGGACGUGUCAGUGGACGUGUCAUCAAUGAUAAUGACUGGACUCCCACUUGCUCCAGCUUUCUCCACUGGAGGAAGAGGGGAUCUCAAACUCAGUGAUUCCAGCCUAAUUCUCUUCUUCGGUGGUUUGCUGUCACCUGUCGACUUCGCUGCUGAUCUAGCCGGGGACGGCACCAACUUUAACCUCUUUUGAGCUGGCGCUGUCGCCGAGCUCGUAGCCUGGGGGGAUUUAGCAAUCACCUCAAAGAGUGUAGGAGUGUUACCAGCAGCCCUUCGCUUGGCCCUCUUCUUGCUAACAGGGGUAGAAAGAGACGCCUCGGGACUGCAAGAUUUCUCCGCCACAGAAGUCAAGCACGAUUUCGGUGUGGGAGGGAAGAGAGGUACAAGUUGGGCCCCGUCAAUCUUGUAUUUCUCCAGAAUGGCAUCGUGGACGUACCACGUCUGCUUGGUCGACGGCGGGCGUAAUUCUUUCACUGCAAUCUGCUGGAUCUUCUUCUCCAAUUGCCGUUUGGAUAUCCCGCUGUGGUUCUCUCCCUCCACCGCCUCCCUGACGCGAGGAGAUGAGAGACCGCCGCUGCCUGCUGGUGGCGACCCACGGUCCCUGGUCGAUCGGACUCCCCCUUGCCCCACAUCCCCUACCUCUCCAACAUCUAGAGGUGUCCCUCUGUUCUGGAGUACUGCCCCCCAGUGAGCCUGGAACAUCUUAACGAGUUUACCAAGUCCAGCCGUGCUCUGGUGCACCAGACGGAUCAGGUCUGGCAUUGCUUCUUCAGGCACUGGUCUUUUCAAAUUGUCUGUAACACUUGAAGCGUGGGUCUCAGUGGGGAUAGUGGUGACUGGAGUGAGUGGCUCCACUCUGACCGGAGACUCCGUCAACACGAGAGCUGAUAACUUUGACAGGAAAACCU